GGUCGAGUGCCUAUUCGAAAAAUGGCCGCCAAAGUUGAAAAAGACAAGUGCGCGCAAAUAAUUUCUCAAAACCUUCAAUUAGACGAGAAUGUGGUGUCCAGAAUUCUGGUGCUGCUGGAUAACGACAACACCAUCCCUUUCAUUGCUCGCUAUCGGAAAGAGCAUAGCGGGGGACUAGACCCGGCCGUGCUUAGACACAUUGACGGACAGUACCAACUCCUGAAAGAAGUUCAGAAAAAGGCUGAGAGCACAAAGAAGAAGAUAGGUGAUCAGCUAACAAUUGAAAUAAGGGAAGCACUAGAUAAUGCACAGUCAGUUGAAGAAGUUGAUGAAAUUUUUGGUCCAUUCAAGAAAGGAAAACAAGGGACAUUAGCCGGACGUGCUCGACAGUUGGGGCUAGACGUUGCUGCUGAGAGGGUUCUUGUGCACCCACAGUCAGUUAAUCUAAGGGAUUGGGUAAAGAAGGAUACAAAAGGGCUGUCUAACAUCAAAGAGGUAUCAACUGGCGUGCAGCAUGUUUUAGCAGAAACCAUAUCAAAGGACCCUUCAACUUCAGAAUCUCUAAAGGCACUCAUGGAAGGCUGUAUAACCCUGGAGACCUCGUUAAGUCGCUCCGCUAGCAAAAAGACUGAAGCUGAAGUCAAUAAGUACAAGCAAUACCAUGCAUUCAAGAUGCCCAUCACUAGACUAAGAUCACACCAGAUUUUAGCGAUAAAUAGGGCUGAACAGGACAAGAUUCUGACGGUGAAGGUUGCAGUUUCUGAUAAUCUAAAACACAGGUUUUUGCAUGACACUAAAUCAAGAUGGAUACAGCCAAAUGCUCAAGGAGACAUUAAGAGGUUGCUUUCUACUUCCAUUGAAGAUGCAUACAGUAGACUUCUUGAGCCUAGAGUUUGUAGGAGGGCCAGGACUCAAGCAACCAAGCGAGCUGAGAGAGAAAGUGUCGAUAUAUUUUCUCAGAACCUCUAUCGACUACUCUUGACCCCUCCGGUGAAGGGAGUAAAAGUACUUUCACUGGAUCCUGGGUUUACCCAUGGCUGCAAACUAGCAGUGGUUGAUCCAGCAGGAAAGGUUCUGGAGGUGGGAGUCAUAUAUCCUAUUGGCCGUAAAACAAAGAGGCAGGAGGCUGAGGACAGAGUCAAGGAGAUGGUUAGAAGACACAGGUGCGAGACAAUCGCAAUUGGUAACGGAGUAGGCUGCAGAGAGGCCGAGACAUUCAUUUCAGACCUGAUUAAAAGCAAAGCCUUUCAUCCAUUAGAUCCUCGUUAUUGCAUUGUCAGUGAGGAUGGAGCAUCGGUUUACAGUGCUUCUAAUGAGGCAAUGUUGGAGUUGCCAAACUUAGAAAUUAGUAUGAGGGGCGCUGUCUCUCUUGGGAGACGGUUACAAGACCCGUUGCUUGAGCUUGUUAAGAUCGAACCCAAACAUCUUGGAAUCGGCAUGUAUCAGCAUGACAUACCCGAAGUCUUGUUGCGUGCUGCUUUGCAAGGCGUGCUCACCGACUGUGUCAGCUUUGUUGGCGCGGAUCUGAAUGCCGCAGGAGUUAGCUUGCUCAAGUGUUUGUCAGGUUUGAACGAGAAGCGAGCACAGGCAAUAGUAGAAUAUCGAGAGAAAAAUAACGGAUUCGUCAACCGCGCGCAACUUCUUGAGGUCAAAGGAAUCGGCGAAAAAACCUACGAGCAGUGUGUUGGGUUUGUGCGAGUUCGAGCUGCUGCGGCGCAAACUCCUGCUGGUGAUGUUAUCUGCUUAGACUCGGACGACGAAGAAGAGGAGGCAAUAGGAAGAAAGAGGAAAAAGCGAGGUGAAAACACGAGUAAGAAGAAGGCACGUGCUCUCAAACCAAACCCUCUGGAUAUGACUCCUAUUCACCCUGAAGCCUAUGGCGCGGCAGAGAGGUUUAUGGAAUUAGUGGGCGUUCGUCCUCGUGAUAUCGGGAAACCUAACAUUCGAACAGCUAUAUCGUCGAAACUUCAAGCACAGAGUUUAGAGAAAAUUUCAGGGCAACUGAAGGUCACUCCUGAGGCCCUUCAGCUGAUAAUAGACGGUUUAGGGCAAGCCGUGGACUUCGACAUUAGAGACGGUUUCGAGAGGCCGCUUUUCAAGAAAGGUCUAACCAAGUUCGAGGAUGUUCGCCCGGGACAUGAGCUCACGGGGCGUGUGUCUAACGUGACGACCUUCGGCGCCUUUGUGGACUGCGGUAUCGGGCGUGACGGACUGAUCCACACGUCACGCAUGGCGGGCCGUGACGACCUUGGCGCUGGGGACGUGGUGGAGGUCAAGGUCAUAAGCAAAGACGAGACAAAGGGUCAUGUCAACUUGCAAUUGGUCAAGGUGCGAUCGCGACUGUCUCCAAAACUACUGGUCUCCACGACAUCGGAAAGCAAACAAUGAUCACGCGCGCUUUCAUUGGCAAAUGGUCAGUUAUCUGAAUCACGUGUCUUACACGUGAUUACGGGACUGGUUUCUACCGCAACGAAAAAUACUCAGUGGCUUAUUUGCUCAUGUUGUUGCUCACGUGUCGAGAGUUCGUGUUACUUGGAGUUGACGUCAUGUGAAUUUGGGUUAAGUGAUGUUAUAUUUAGUAUAAAGUAUUGGAAACUAA